GUCCAACAUCACCACUCACUUCUCCCUCCACUCUUACCUCACCACCACCAACCAAAGCAGAACUCGUCGCAAUGGCUACCGCUAUCGCUCCUAUCACCGGCAUGCUCCGCCGUGGUCUCGUUCUUGACCUGAGCACCGCUUUUGGUUUCGGCACCACCUUUGGCUACCUCUGGUGGUACGGCUACCACCUCCCUCGCGUCCGCGCUCGUGAUGAGUACUACAACCGCCUCGAGCAAGAGCGCGCCGCCGGCCAGGCGUAAGCGGCUCUUUUCGCAAUAAUCAAUCUCUCGAUUAGCCGGUCGACACUUUCCCCGAUGCAGAUAUCCAUACACGUUUUCAGAUCCCAUUUCUACAUCCUCUGAAAGUCAAUGAGCCCUGCCCAGAAGGAGCAAAGGGAGCAGAUGCUAGGACAUAUACCCGGAUCCAUCCGUCCUCCUCUGUUGUCUUUCAAUUUUUCUCUUUUCACAAAUGUUUCCAACAGAGGGCGGCCGUCUGAGAGAGAAAGAUUGAUACAUUGUGAUAUGACGGGCUUGAGAGAAAGAAAGAAUGCUAGACUAUUUAUCUAUUCAUCUAUCUUUCA